AUGCUUAGAAUUACCAACAGCUCCUGGGCAGCGUUUGCCAGAUCCGGUGUCAUUAGACCAACUCUUCAUGCGAGAUCCAUCGUCACUGUUAAGACCACCGAUGCAGAGGAACAGUCCAUCCUUAUUGCGCAAAGAAAGAACAGACCAGUGUCUCCACAUUUGGAAAUUUACCAAAAGCAGCUUACUGCUGUUCUUUCUGCAUUACACAGAAUCACCGGUGUUGGUCUAGCUGCCGGUUUCUAUGCAGUCACUGUCUCUUAUGCAGCGGGUGUCGUUGAUUCCGCUUCCCUUGUUGAAUUAUACCAAUCCAUUCCAUCUGUUGGCCAAUGGGCUUUAAAAGGUCUUGCGUCUUUCCCAUUUGCAUUUCAUGCCUGGAACGGUGUCAGACACUUGAUCUGGGACGCUGGUUGUGAAGCUAACAUCAAAGGUGUCUACAGAACCGGUUAUGCCGUCUUGGGUUUGUCUGCAGUUUGCGGUCUGGCUCUUCUGCUCGCAUAA